AUGUCGGAGGCUCACGGAGACCUGUCAUCGCUGUGUAAACUAACAUCUUUGAGGGCUGCCUACAUCACCGGCUUUUCUCUUGUGAAUGAAACGGUUACACCCCGUUUCCAGAUUACGGUUUCACCUCGGUUCCAGAUUACGGUUUCACCUCGGUUCCAGAUUACGGUUACACCUCGGUUCCAGAUUACGGUUUCACCUCGGUUCCAGAUUACGGUUACACCUCGGUUCCAGAUUACGCUUUCACCUCGUUUCCAGAUUACGGUUACACCUCGGUUCCAGAUUACGGUUUCACCUCGGUUCGAGAUUACGGUUUCACCUCGGUUCCAGAUUACGGUUGCACCUCGGUUCCAGAUUACGGUUUCACCUGUGUACCAGAUCACGGUUUCACCUCGGUUCCAGAUUACGGUUUCACCUCGGUUCCAGAUUACGGUUUCACCUCGGUUCCAGAUUACGGUUUCACCUCGGUUCCAGAUUACGGCUACACCUCGGUUCCAGAUUACGGUUACACCUGUGUACCAGAUUACGGUUACACCUCGGUUCCAGAUUACGGUUUCACCUCGGUUCCAGAUUACGGUUUCACCUUGGUUCCAGAUAACGGUUACGCCUGGGUUCCAGAUUACGGUUACACCUGGGUACCAGAUUACGGUUACACCUCGGUUCCAGAUUACGGUUUCACCUCGGUUCCAGAUUACGGUUAUGCCUGGGUUCCAGAUUACGGUUUCACCUCGGUUCCAGAUUACGGUUACGCCUGGGUCCCAGAUUACGGUAGCAAUCCAACUAGUCCAAGGCGUUUUUAUCGAGGAAAAGAAAUAGAAUUUCCUGUGACGUUACACUUUCAUGUAGUGACUACGUUAGUAUUAUUCCAUUAUGUUUCCUUUCAUGAAAACACGCUCCUCGAUUCAAGCUCAUAUACAUGGAAGGAAGUACCUAUAUUUAGCAUAUUUACUGGCACUAACAUGGCAAAUAAGGGGGGGUCGCCCUUUUUUAGAUGAAUAAAUUUUUUAAAAUAGCUAAUGAAAAAAGGAUUAUAGUUUUAUAUCAGUUUUUUUCCAAGAAACGCUGUAUAUAUGUUUUACAUCUUUUAGCUGUACAUAUUUAGUUGUGCAAAUUUUUAUAGUAGAUUAACAAUAUGAUUAUGAAAAUGUUUACUACGAAAUAAAGGUAGAUAUGUUGCCGAUGGCAACGCGUGUA